AGAAAGUCCGAGUGGGAUUCAAUGUGUAUCCACGCUCGAAGCAGCAGAUAAGAGAAAAAAAGAGGGCUAAGCCGGAGAGAACUUUUCAGAAAUGGGUUUUAUGCUUUCACUGAGGUUUCUCUUCCACUUCUUCUACCUGUUGUUAUAGAUUACAGCUUCCGAUUCAGCACCUUCGUCGGUGCCGCCGCCGUUGAUUUGGUCGGUUUUCUCGUCGGCAGUUGCAUAGAGUGUUUUUUUUUGUCGAGUUUUAUUUUUUCUCGACGGAUCUUAAAUGGAGGAUCGGGAGGAGGAAGAGAAGGCAGAGGAAGAGGUGCAAGGUUCCAGCCUGACGAUGGAGAAAGUGGCGGCGGCUAAGAAGUUUAUAGAGAAUCAUUAUAGAGCUCAGAUGAAGAACAUUCAGGAGCGGAAGGAGAGGCGAUGGAUGUUGGAAAGAAAGUUAGCCUCAUCGGAUGUGCCCAAGGAAGAACAAAUCAAUCUUAUCAAAGAUUUAGAACGGAAAGAAACUGAGUUUAUGCGACUCAAAAGGCACAAGAUUUGUGUUGAUGAUUUUGAGCUUUUAACCAUCAUUGGCAGGGGGGCUUUUGGUGAGGUUCGAUUAUGUCGUGAGAAGAAAUCUGGCGAUAUAUAUGCAAUGAAGAAGUUGAAAAAAUCUGAAAUGCUGAUGAGGGGGCAGGUGGAACAUGUUAGAGCAGAAAGGAAUUUACUAGCUGAAGUUGCCAGCCACUGCAUAGUGAAGCUUUAUUACUCAUUUCAGGAUGCUGAAUACUUGUAUUUGAUCAUGGAAUAUCUUCCAGGUGGAGAUAUGAUGACUCUUCUUAUGAGAGAAGACACAUUGACCGAAAAUGUAGCUAAAUUUUACAUUGCACAAAGUGUUCUAGCAAUAGAAUCCAUCCAUAGACACAACUAUAUUCACAGGGAUAUAAAACCUGACAAUCUUCUUCUGGACAAAAAUGGUCACAUGAAACUUUCUGAUUUUGGUCUCUGUAAGCCACUGGAUUCUUUAACCCUAUCAGCACUACAUGAAAAUAAAGCCAUGGAUGAUGAAAAUUUGGCAGAACCAAUGGAUAUUGAUGAUAAUAGGAGCAGUUGGAAGAGUCCCAGUGAACAGUUACACCAUUGGCAAAUGAACCGGAGGAAAUUGGCAUUUUCAACAGUUGGAACACCAGAUUAUAUUGCUCCAGAAGUAUUGCUUAAAAAAGGAUAUGGGAUGGAGUGUGACUGGUGGUCGCUUGGUGCAAUUAUGUAUGAAAUGCUCGUAGGCUACCCUCCAUUUUACUCCGAUGAUCCAAUCACCACCUGCAGAAAGAUUGUUCAUUGGAAAAAUCACUUGAAGUUUCCAGAAGAUGCUAAGUUGACAAUUGAAGCAAAGGAUCUCAUUUGUAGGUUGCUGUGCGAUGUUGAGCAUAGACUUGGUACUGGAGGAGCAUACCAAAUCAAAGCCCAUCCAUGGUUCAAAGAUGUCGUCUGGGAUAGGCUUUAUGAAAUGGAGGCGGCAUUUAAGCCCGAGGUCAAUGGAGAGCUCGAUACUCAGAACUUUAUGAAAUUUGAUGAAUUGGAUCCACCUAUUCCAGGAAAACGUGGCUCAGGACCGUCAAGGAAGAUGCUAUUGACUCCAAAAGAUCUCAGCUUUGUUGGAUAUACAUACAAGAACUUCGAUGCUGUCAAAGGAGGGCUUCAUGAUGCUCAGAGAUUAUCAAUGAAACAGCCUCCAAUAGACGUAUUAAGUAAUAUAUCUUAUCCUUCAUAUUAUUUAUACACUUUUUAUCUUUCUCAGUCGAAACUGUAUACCUCUAUUUUAUAUAUGUGUCGAUUCAAUAAGCUGAUGUCUUCCUGCAGAUGGCACCGGGGCAGACUACACAACUGAACUAAUAGGAAACGAGGCCGAAAUGCAGAUGGUAGCUGUAUCAGGAGACCCCAUGUUGCCAUAAACACAAUGGUAAAACGAAAAGGCGAGCUGAUUGAUGUGCAUAUCUUUCUUUUCUCAUUUGCCCCCUAAUCUAAUUAGGAUUAUUAGGGUAUUGCAUCCCUGAAGUCGAAGUCGUCUUCGUUUUACCAUGUAAUGCUGCCCAUUCAGUUACAGUUUUACAAUACAACAAAAUGGAUUAUAUAAAGCAAACAACAAUGCCUGAGGAGGAGUUUCCUUAAUCAUGAGAGAGACCAACAACCAGCUAAGUAAUCAAAGCCACUUGGUGAAAGGUAAGUAGGGUUUUGUGCAUUAUAUUAUUAUUAUUAUUAUUAUUAUUAUAUAAAAAUGUAACUUAGAGCAGAGUCAUCAUGUUAUUACUUUGUCCUUAGCUGCCCAGGUUGGCAAUGUUGGAAAACUUUGCCUUCUCUUGUGGCAGUUCUCUUUGGUCAAAGUUACUUCUUCCUUUUUUUUUUUCCUCUCUCUUUUAUCAAUGGCUAAUUAUCAAAGGGAACUGAAUGAACAUAGCCAUUACUACAAAAACUAUUAUUGUGAUCAUGUGUGAUGAUGAGGUGGUUAUGUGUAAAACAAACAAACAUAUAUAUAUAUAUAUAUUAUAUAUUUUAGUUGUGAAAUUUUGUA